AAGCUGGCAACACUUCGGUUAACAAACAAACGUCAAAAGAAAAUUGUGUGUGUCUGGUGCCUGCUAACGAAGAAAAAAAACUUAACUCAAUUUUGUAACUUCAUAUUUUUUGUACGGAAGCAGAAAAGUUUUCUAUUUUUUGAAAAUUUUCACAUUCUUUAUAAAUGGAGUGCAACAAACCUAAACAGGCAUAGGAAAGAAUAUUCAUACAAGAACAAAUACAAGUAUGGGAAAGGCAUGAGAUUUGCAAGUUGAAAAACUGGAAAGAUGAAUUAAAAAGGGGGGAAAUUGGAGUCUAUUUUCACUGCAUGUCCUCGUCGUCAGGUAGUGCAAGAAGGUAGGUCAACAAAAAGGAGUGUUUUGAAUAUUAAAUAUAUUUAGUGCCAAAGGAGGUGGUGGUGGUGGUGCUACGGUGUAGUGAGUCUGCGGCAAACGAUGCGAGCUGGUUGCGGUAAGCUUGAUGAAUUUUUAUGAGCCGAUCGCGUUUUACAGUUGAUGAAUGGGGAAGUGUGUGUUCCUAACCUCAAAAAAGUAGUGUUCGUUAGGUGUAUUGACAGCAACGAAUAUCGUCGGUAUUAUGUGUGUGUGUGUGUGCGCGCUGCCUAUUGUUACGCGAACGGGGUACGGUCGGUGUGCUGAGAUAUGUAGUGAGCGUGCACCGUGCGGCGAACGUCUAAAGUGGUGAUGGUCGCAUCGACGACGUCAACGGCCGAAGUGGAAAAACUACUUCACAAAUCGGGUUUGUUGAAUAUAUAUUCCUUGUUUUCUUAUACUUUUUCGAUUUGCCAAAAACGUGAUUGUGGGUAAUAUAUUGGAACGUUGAGGAAAAAAUGGUGCCCCCCUCGGGAAAGGGGUCGCGAUAUAAUGUUUGAGUAUUUCAUAUACUCUUUCCCUUCAGUCGUAAUGUUAUUCGAUUAUGUGCACAUGGUAGCGGUCACAGUGCGCUGUCAUUUGUGUUGGCAAAAACGUCUGCCACUGCAGCAUGUCGCGCGUAUUUGGCAUUCCAUUCAAAUCAUAUGUAAAUGCUACAGUCCAUUCUAAUUUCACUACGCUAAAAUAUCGACAGUUAAUAUGAUCAAAACUUAACUUUAAUCAUUGUUGCUUACAACUAAAAUUACUAAGCCACAUGGUACAAUGCGCAGCGCUGCUGACUUAUCGUCGUCACCACUUAAGCGCCGUCAUCACUGCCAUAAUCGUAACGCCUAACCUCGACGUACACCUUUGCUAUAUUGUAAAUUCUUAUGGAAUUUUCGUAGAGAAACACAAUGUUACUAAUAUAUGCAAAAUAGAUUUUGUAUCCAUAUCCUCUCUUGGCAAGAAUUCUUUUGCUGAACCCACAGUUUCUAUGCGUAUUCUGUUUAGCAACUAUAUGAUAUAAGUGGGUUUAUAACAGAAAAAAUAAGCCAACGCACCUUAUAUCUCGCACCUUAAUUACAACAAGAUCAACCAGCCAAAAACAAAUAGAAAAAAAAUAUUAAUAUAUCCCAAAAAUAUAUUUUAAUCCGAAUUGGUAAUAUCGGCAAGCAUUAGCUUGGUAGCUAAAACUACCUGAACUGCUUCCGCGCUUGAUUUCCGAAACUUGAUUACAAUGCACAUAAAAAAUUUGCAACAUGCCCAUGCGGCUUCAGCCGCUAUGGGAAAUUGUGAGAUUGUCAUUGUGUCAUCGUCGCCGAAUAAUGCUGCAGCGAGUGCCAACAAUAAUAACAACAAUACUAAUAGCAACAAUAAUAAUGAGAAUAACACGGGAGCACACCAUCAGCAGCAACAGCAAUCCCAACAACAACAACAGCAACAGCAGCACCAGGCCACAACUACAACAGAAAUACCGAUUCCGUUCAAUAUGCACCUAGCCGCUGCCAACACCGAAGCGCACGUUGCUGCUCAAGCGGCUGCAAUGGCGGCAGCACAAGCGGCUGCUGCACAGGCUGCCGCCGCUGAGCAACAGCAAGCAUCGGGUGGCAGUAACGGUGCAAAUGCCACAACAAUUUUGCAGCAACAUCCCCUAGCGCAUCUGGUAGCGACAGCAGCUCAUAGUCCAGCGUUGUCAGAGCAUCACUUCGCUGCCGGUCGGGAAGUGGUUGCAAAUGGACACAGUGCGGGCAGCAGUACGAACGGUGGCGGAGGCGGUGGUGGCAACAGCAGCGGCAGUAGCGGUGGUGGUGGUGGUCAUGAAAAACCCUUUCUCUGCAGCGUUUGCGAUCGGCGGUUUCGACAAUUGAGCACACUUACCAACCACGUGAAAAUACAUACCGGCGAGAAACCCUACAAAUGUAACGUUUGUGAUAAAACCUUUCGUCAAUCGUCCACGCUAACGAAUCACCUAAAAAUACACACCGGCGAAAAACCAUUCAAUUGCACAUAUUGUCCGAAGAAUUUCCGACAAUUAAGCACGCUAACAAAUCAUGUGAAAAUCCAUACCGGUGAGAAACCAUUCGAAUGUGCCGUUUGUAAGAAACAAUUCCGUCAAUCUAGUACACUUAACAACCAUAUAAAGAUACACGUUAUGGACAAGGUGUACGUACCCGUUAAGAUAAAGACCGAGGAGGAAGAAGGAUGACUAGAGGACAUGGUGAUCGCAGGCGCACAUCAGCGGCCCGCGAAUCAUCAUCGCAAUGUGAUCACAACCACAAUACAAGCACCAGUAACAACAGCAGCAGCAGUGGCGGCCGCUGCCUCUGCCGCCAAUCAUCAUAUACAUCAACAACAACAGCAGCAGCAGCAGCAACAACAACAACAACAACAACAGCAGCAGCAGCAGCAACAGCACCAGCAACUACAACAUAACCACACAAACAACAAUCCGAACAAUGGUAAUACGAUUAUCGCCACCGCCGCUGCUCCGUCCAAUGCAAUCGAGCAUUUCAACGUAACAUCAAUUGGCGAAUUGUCCAACGUGCAAUUGAGCAGUAUCAAUGCACAGCUAGUGGGCGGCAGUGUUACACCCGAAGGUAAUCUGGUGACUAUGGGUGGCGUGGUCAUCGGUCGUAUACACUCGGCGUCAUUACAAAGCAACGGCCAUACACUACAACCGCAAUUGCGUACAACAGCACAGCCGGCCACCAGAGAGGAACUGCAACAGUUGGGCGUGAUCAAGGUGGAGUCGCCAGCUGCUGAGUUUCAAAAUGAGGGAUGAGUCGAGUACGAAUUGCUGCUUGAGUAUAUGCUCAAGGAGGAUGAGGAGGAUUAUGCAGCCGCUUGUAAUGAUAAUAAAUUGAAUGCCAGCAGCGCUAGUGAUGCAGUUAAGGAUUGUGGAGGCGGCCACCGAAAGAGCGAUAUUGUAGUGUUUAGUGAUGCAGUUGGCAGUAGUGAAAGUGCUGGUAAUUGAGAUCGCUUACAAGUGCAUGUGGCAAUCGCUAAGCGUAAUUAAAGCAAGCAUAUUGAAUUUGCGGUCAUAGUUGUUGUUGCUAUUGUUGCUAGUUAUUUAAAUGGAGAUGUCAAAAGGGACGGAGAAAAGCAUAAUAUCUAUCACCAAUCAUCUUUAGUUUAUUACAAAAACUGCUGUUGUUGUCAACCUAUAAUCAUCGCCAUCAAAUUUCAAAAUGUAAUAAAGUGACAUUCUCUUAAACCCUAAAAGUAAAAACAAAAAAAAAAAACAAAACAGAAAACAUUAAAUCUGUAACAAAAACAUGACACUUGCUCAUGCACACAUACAUACAUACAGUGUUGCAAUUGGUAUGGGAUUGUGUAUGCUCUUCGAAACUAAAAAAAAAACGCAAAUUCAGAUUCACACAAUUAAUGCAAAUAAUAAUAUUGAACACAACCGUUUGAAAUAAAUAAGGAAAAUUAUGAAAAUCAAAGAAAAAACAAACCUCUAUAGCCGUUAAGACAGAAAGUAGUAGCAACAAACAUGAUAAGAAUAUCUAAAAAAACAAAGAGAAAUAACAAAAGAGAGUAAAACUAAACUUAAUUUAAAUAAUUAUAGGGGAAUUAUACUAUUUUAUGGGGGUUAGUAAAAAAAAUACAACAAAAACAAAAAAAAUUAAAGCACAAACUGCUGCAAAUAUAUUUUACCGUAUACAUUUUGAGUAGUAUUUGUUAUGAAAUUGGUUAUAAAUUCUGUUAGUUGUGUAACGGCACCAAGCGCGAAUUAUGGCUUUUCAUUACUUAAAUCAUGUUUUAGUGCGAAAGCCACGUGUCUGGCGUGUGUGUAUGCGUGUCUGUAUGCUACUUAGAUUAGCAGCGUUUAAUUUCCUAAUUAACUAAGCACUUAUUGCGUUCCACACACUCCUACAUACAAACAUGCAUACAACUAAUUAAAUGUUUAAUUCUAAUAUAAAUAAUUAAUGAAAAAAUCGCAUUAAGUGGAAAUUAUGACAAUAAGCUCAUAAAGUAAUUACACGCAUAUUUGUUGUAUUUGUUGGGCAGCACCGGCUUACACAAAGCACCGUACAGAAUUUAUAGCGAAAAUCAUAGCUUAUAUGGUAUAGUGGCUAACUCGAAACGAAAACAUAUAUGGUGGAGUAAUAAAUGUAAUUUAAAUUCAUUAUAAUGACCUAUUUUGUAUUUUAGUUUAAUAUUAGGAAUUCACAGCAAAUGAGACUUGUUUGUACUUGAAGCUUAACACAACUAUUUUUUAGGUUAUAACACUUAAAAACGAAGUCGAAGUCGAAGUGGGGGCGCAGCAGCAUACAGUGCUGUUAAGUAUGAAAUCGCUUUAUGUUUCUUAUUAUUUUUUACUUUUAUUUUAUUUAUCGAUAUGCAUACAUAUUUUUUUUUUUUGGCUGAAAACAAACAACGUUUUUGCUGAACACUUGUUUGAAUUGUAUGAAACAAAACCUUAAAAUAAGGUACAAUUUUAAUUUAUUGCUAAGUUUAGACUGUAAAGUUGAUUGAAUUUUUUUUUAUAGUUAUAAAUUUAACAUGUUUUCCACUACUUUUGUUGGUUAAUUGAAAUUAUUAUAAAUUAUUUCAUAUAUACAUUUUAAUGGCGUUUAGAGGCGCAGUGGAAAAGUAAAUACUAUUAUAUAUUAUCGAUGUUUUAUUUGAAAAUAAGCGAAAUGUAAAUGAAACUAAAAAAAAAAUAGAAAAAGAGAAAUACAAAUUUCUAUAUAUUUUAUAUAAAAUUUAAUUUUCCAAACAGAAAAAAAAUUUGCCAUUAGGGAUUACAAUGCUAAAGUCAAGUAAAGGUGAAGCGUGGCGGGUAGGCAAGCAGGCGCUUAAUGCCGUUGUUAAUAUUUAUGUGGCGAAUAAAGUUGUUUUAUGAAAAUGAUUGCGAACUUCGAAGAAAUUGUUUAUAUAUUGAUUAAAAGUAGUCAUUACUUAUAUGCAUAACUGUUUUUUUUCUGUGCCGAAAAAGUUGCACAACAACAAAAAAAAAAGAAAAAUACGUUUACGCAGCUCACAAUACUGCUUAUAUUUGGUCUUUUGGAGAAAAUGCUUUAAUUUUCGUUAGCAAAAAAAGUUGUUGGAUUUUCAGAAGCAUUAAAAAAAAAGAAUUUAUAAUUACAAAAAUCACUUUCAUUCAAAAUGAGUGCGCAAAAAUUGCUUAUAUUUUACAACAACAACACCUUUCGAACUGUAAAUUAUAUGCACACAUAGAUUUUUUUUUGUUUUUGUUUUAUAGAGCUGGUUUAAUGUAUGACACAUAGUGUUAUGAACUUUUAAAAAGUUGCCGCGCAUGUGUCACAGCUGAACGUUAAGCAUUGUAGAUAUGUAUAUGAGAGUAAAUGUUGCGUCAGCGCACUACAAACAAGCGCUUAGCAAUUGCAACAAGUCAUUUAUAGCGAGUGAGUGUGCAUUGCCUGAAAAACAAGAGAAAA